UUCAUCGAGGUUGUUUUAAACUGUCCCCACUUGUAACCCGCUCUCUGUGGAUGAGACAUGCUUCAGGCUGCUAAUGUUCAUUCUCUUGCCUUGUCCAAAAUUAUCAAGCCGGAUAAGAAACCGGUGACUCCGUUAGAGGAGGAAAUUGCACAGGCCAUCAUAGAUCUGCAGAUACACGAUGACUGGUCCGAUACUAUGAAGUUGUUGUACUUUUGUGAGGCUAAGGAAAUGACCAUCGGAAAAGAGAAAGCUGUUGUAAUUUACGUACCUGUGCCCCAACUAAGGACGUAUCAGGUCAUACACAAUCGCUUGGUUGGAGAGCUCGAGAAAAAACUCCGAGGUCCUCAUGUUGUACUUUUGGCUUUCCGAAGAAUUAUCGCUAAGCCGAAAAGGAACUGUAAAUUCAACCCCAAGCAAAAGCGUCCAAGGAGUAGAACGUUGACGGCUGUUCAUGAAGCCAUUCUGAAGGACCUUGUAUAUCCAGCAGAAAUAGUUGGGAAGCGCAUACAAGUUCGAUGUGAUGGUAGCACACUGAUCAAAUGUCACUUAGACGUCGCACAAAGGAACUACAUUGAGCACAAGUUGAAAACAAUUACAGGAUUAUACAAGAAGCUGACAGGCAAGGAUGUCCAGAUAGAGUUUCCAGACUGGGUUUUAUGAUUUCAUGUAAUAUAUGCUUGAACGUGGA